UACAGGCCGCCCUGUUUAGUCGUUGUAGUGGCACCUGUUGAAUAAAGAUUGAUUUCACUUCACUUCUUUCGUCCAAUUCAAGUCACUUAUCUGCAUUUUGCAGGCUGCUCAUGUUUGCCGUUGCCUCACCCUGACACUAAAUUUAGCGCUAGCAGCUCAGGAUCUUUCAACGUGUGAUGUAAAAAUAGCAGAGAGGGAAGUCCGCUCACCAGACAGCAGAUAUACAGGACCGACUGAGUGUAAGCUGAUAAAAGUUAACUGCAGAAACAGACUGAAUAACGACAGACAUUAAUCAUACGCGAGGCAUGUUUAAACGCUCAGUACAGGAUUUCGAAGUUAGACAGGCAGAGAGAAAGACAGGUACCUUCAUAGCUACUGUUAAGAUUAGAGACAGACAGGCCCAGUGACAGACAGACCGAGGACACAUAUAAUAGUUCACCUUAAUGUAAACUCUUAUUGGUUACAGCAGCGGAUGUAAACAGACUGUGAGAGAGAGAGACAGAAAGAUAUCAGUUUGACCAGUCAGUCUUCAACAAGACACUGCACUGAGAACUGGACCAAAACUGGACUAAUACAUUCAUCUAUAUUGUAGGCGACAGGAUGUUGUCAAAAAAGGAAGAGCGGAGGUCAUUCAGCAACGGGCCACUGAGAGACCAAUGGGAGAAGAAAGCUCAGAGCCUGGCGAACGAGGUCAAACAGGAGGCUGAACGGAAGGAGAAGAGUGACCACAAAAUAUCUCACUCAAAGUGGAAUUAUCACUGGUCAUUAGUUUUAAAUGGAGAAUUCAAGAAGCUCACCAGCGGCGCAGAUGAAGCGGAAAAGAACAAGUCGAAAAUCAAAUUCAAAGUCGUCCCCCCUCCUCCCAAACCCAAACAUCAGCCUGCUCCUCCUCCGCCUCCUCCCAAGAAAGCAGCUUCGCCCAAACUUCGCAUGGAAAAGCGUAAAGUUGUAGUGGACGUGUUCGGGAUAUACUGGAGAGACUCCUGGAUGAGCCUCAAGCCUCCAAAGUAUCUUUACCUGAAGGCCAAAGAGAUGAAAACCAGAAUCCCAGGAUUCACAACAAUAGAGCUGACAAACAACAGGGAGUACAAGCCAAAGGAGUACGGAUCAGAGGAGGAUUGGGUGUUUCCUGAUGAUGAAUGGAGUCAAUCCUGGAAACAGGUGAAGAGCCCUGUACAGCUGGAGGUCUCUGAGGAGAAACAAUUCGAGUGGGAGAUUUUGUUUGAAAGAAAACCGGUUUGCAAAACUGAGAUAGAAAUAUUUUUACUUCCUCCUUGGGCCGGUACUUGGAAGUUCAUGAACUUUCCAUUCAGACAGGAGAAAAAGUACUGGGAUCGUAUCUGGCCUAAUUACCAACAAAACCUCAGCAACAAGUUUGACAAAGUACAACGACUAAAGGAGCAGGAGGAGCCCUUUGACUGGGAGGAUUCGUGGAAACUGUCCGAGGCAGAACUUGAUGAUGACGUAGAUGUAGAAGAUGACGAUGGCGAUGAGGAUGAGGAUGACGAUUACGAUGACGAUGACGAUGACGAUGACGAUGACGACGACGAUGACGAUGACGACGACAAUGGCGAUGACAAAACAUCAACUGCAAGCUCCUCCAGCACUGAAACCACAGUGAUGACGAGGAUAAACAACGUGUUCCUGCCCGGGUGGAGCAACUCCUGGCUGCUCUCUGCUGCUCCUCUGGAGGAAGCAGAAGAACGUCGCAAGAACUGGAACUCCUGCUGGGGAUACAGCCAACAGAUCAGGUGGUGCAUGGCUUCACUGCGGGCCCAUCAUCGACACAGUGCCAUGCUGACUCAGAGACGUAGAGCCACAAACCUCCUCCUCACAUCACAGCUGGACGAUGAGAUCACAGAUAGCGCGGAGUGGACGGAGGCCUGGAAGACUCCAAAAAGAUGGAUCGAACAAGAGGAUGACGAACUGGACGAGAAGCAGGAGGAGGAGGAGGAGGAGGAGGAGGAGGAUGAAGGAGUGGACAAUGAGGAGGAUGUAGAAGUAGAUGAGGAGGAGGACAAGGACGAAGGAGUGGAAGAGGAGGAGGAGGAGAACAAAGAAGAAGACGAGGAAGAGAGGGACUUAGACAUACACAAGAUGGAAAACCAACAAGUUAACAAGGAGGAGGAUGACGAAGAUAAGGAGGAGGAUGAAGGAGUAGAUGAGGAGGAGGAGGAAGAAGAGGAUGAGAAAGAGGUCAACAAUGAGGAGAAGGACAAAGAAGUACACGAGGAGGAGGAUGUGGAUAAGGAAGAGGAAAGCGAGGAAGAAGAAGAAGAAGAAGAAGAGGAGGAGGACAAAGAAGACAAGAAGGAGAGGGACUUAGAAAUACAUAAGGAGAAGGAAGACAAAGAAAUUAACAAGGAGACUGAAGGAGUAGAUGAGGAGAAGGAAGAAGAAGAAGAAGAAGAAGAAGAAGAAGAAGAGGAGGAGGACAAAGAAGACAAGAAGGAGAGGGACGUAGAAAUACAUAAGGAGAAGGAAGACAAAGAAAUUAACAAGAAGGAGACUGAAGGAGUAGAUGAGGAGAAGGAAGAAGAAGAAGAAGAAGAAGAGGAGGAGGAGGACAAAGAAGACAAGAAGGAGAGGGACGUAGAAAUACAUAAGGAGAAGGAAGACAAAGAAAUUAACAAGAAGGAGACUGAAGGAGUAGAUGAGGAGGAGGAAGAAGAAGAAGAUGAUGAAGAAGAAGAAGAUGAUGAAGAAGUCAACAACGAGGAAGAGGAUGAAGACAAAGCAGGAAAAAAGAAGAGCAAAGAGGAUGAAGCAUGUAAAGAGGGGGAAGAAAAAGAUGUAGAUGAGGAGGAGGAAGGCAAGGAAGAAGACAAAGAGGAGGAAGAGGAGGACAAAGAAGUAAAGGAGAAGAAUAAUGACAAUGAAGUGCAUAAAGACGAUGCAGAUGAGGAAGAGGAGGACGAGGAGGACGAGGAGAAAGAACAUAAGGAGGAGGACAAAAACAUCAAACAAAAUUGUGGGGACGAUGAAGACGAAGAAGAGGAGGAGAAAGGCGAAGCAGUAGAAAAGGAGGACGAGGAAGAAGAAGCAGAAGAGGAGGAGACGGAAGCAAAAGACAAAGACGAGAUGGAGGAGGAGGAAGAGGAGGAGGAUGAGGAGAAUGAAGAAGUACAUGAGGAGAAGGACAAAAUAGCAAACAUUAAGGAUGAAGUAGACAACAACAAGGAGGACGACGACGAAGAGGAAGAGUCAGACAAAGAGGAGGAACAGGAGGAUGAAGAGGUAGACGAGAAGGAGGACAAAGUAGACAGGGAGGUGAAAAAUGAAGAUGAAGAGGAGGAGGACAAAGAUGAUGAAGCAGAAAAAGACUCGGAGGAAGAAGUAGACAAUGAAGAAGUGGACGAGGAUGUGGAGGAUGACGAGGAGGAGGAGACUGACAAAGAAGACGCUAAAGUAGAGGAGAUGAUGGUCAAAAAAGAGGAGGACCGCAAGGAAGUAGACGAGACAGAGGAGGACAACAACGGAGAGAAAGUAAAGAAACGAAUCAAACGCAAACCCGAUGCCCCGCUCCAUCUGCAGUUCCACAAGCUGAACGCGUCCUUCUCCUCCUGGAAGCAGUCGUGGAUGGUGGCGGUAGCUCACAGAUCAGGAGAUGAAGUUGAAGAGGAGGAGGAGGAGGAAGAGGAGGCAGAGGACUGGCAGGCUUGGAGAGAGUCGUGGAGGAUUUGUCGCAGGAAGAAGCCGGAUGAGGACGUGGUGUGUUUCUCCACCGAGCACCGGAGUCAGAGAUACGUGGGACUGAUGCAUAAAGAAGACGGUAUGCCAAAGAGUGAAUGGACUCUCAGCUGGAAGACGAACAAGACGGCAGCAAAGGAUGUAGACACUGAAGAAGAAGAAGAAGAAGAAGAGGAAGAGGAAGAGGAAGAGGAGGAGGAAGAAGAAGAAGAAGAAGAGGAGAGUUGAAAUGUUCUGAUAGCUCAAAGAUUUGCCUGUAAUUUGUGAAGAUUGUUUUAAAUGCUGGAGCUCAGGGAAGUUAGAAAGGCUGGGUAUACAACCUAAAUACUUAUGGUACUGAAUGUGUUAGAAUGAAUCCAAAAGCUGGCGUUGACAUAGUCUCGCGAUACCAGACAAUCGGAGAUCUCCCCCAACCGAAUGUCUGGAGAUUUCUAAAUGCAAAGUUGUUGCUAGAACGGCGGCAAGAACAGCUGCUAACAAACCUUCGCACCUUACAUGUCCUGGAUUCGGACAGGCCAAUCACAACCGUUUAUCUACCUAUCUACUAACCUUUAUUAUGCCACGUCGGGAUAACGUCAUUGGUCCACGUGGCUCCGGGUGAGAAAGAAGGGAGGGAGCCUGAGAUUCUUGAGGAAUAAAACCUGCGAUCGCGAGUCACAUUCUGGAGCCGUUUACUGGCGGGACGAGAGAGAUUAUUUUUAUUUUUUAUUCCUUGAACAGCAGCAACAGUGAGUGAACCUUUUCCGCGUGUCUGUUUGCACAGUACUGUGAAUGUGUUUCUGCUACGACAAUGAUUACAAGCACUGUACUGCUGCAUGUCACCGCCCCAGUAUAAAGGGCCGUCCUCAAAGGCCCUGAUACACCAAGCCGACGGUCGGUCGUCGAACAGUUUGGGGCCGUCGGUGAGCGUCUGUCGGUCUAGUUUUUGCGGUGUGACCUGUGUUGUCGGCUCUACUCUGCCUAUGUUGCCGGCUCUAGUUUAAUUGCUAACAUGAGGCAGUGACAGUCUUGCAAUAUGAUGCACUUUAAGAGAGAGGUGACAGACGUUAAGGAAGAAUUUGGCAAAAAUAUGUAGAUAAUGUAAUGUGAGAAAUGUUCAGGGGUGUAGAAGUGAAAGACGAUGCAGAGAUCAGUCUUAACAGUUUGUAUAGAAAUUUAAAGAAGAUCAUGUAUAAAUAUUUAACUGCAUUUAAUUAAGUUAUGAAUCUUAUAUAUAUCACACAAAAGUCAGGUAAAUGUUGAACAAUCACACUAAAACAAUAGCCCAACAUUUUGUAUGAUACGAUUUUUCACUGUCUUUCUUCUAUGUGUGUGUGAAAUGACAAGAUCGAUAUCAAUCUCUCUUAGUUAACGUGUUAGAGGUGGUAGUUGGUGCACUGGAGCCUCUAGACUCGUUUCUCCAAACUAAAGACAAGUUGUUGUCAGUUGAAUUGAUCGAUGCUGAAUUAUAUUUGACAAGUAAAUAAAAUCCAGUGAACUGACGCUUCAACUUUUCCACAAUCACAGUUGUAUUUUGAAUGUGUUAUAAAUCAGCCACCAGAUGGAGACACAGAGUCACUGACUGCCUGUGGUCCAUCUCAGCCUGCAGUUUGGUGGAGCUCCAUAGAUUUGUUGUUGUUGUGGCAAACAGAUUUUCUCUCCAGUGACUAUUUUGUAUGAAAGUGAAGUUUUAUUACAGCAUGCAUAAGCUUCAUCAGACUUUGGCUACACAGGCGAUAUUUGUGGCAGGCAUUGUUGUUUUUAGUGUCUUUGGUGGAAUAGUUGAUAAAAAAAUAAAGAGUGAAACUGCAGUUA